AUGCCUGGACACCCAAUAGUUUCAGAGUCACAAACUAAAAAAGAUGUUGAGAAAUUAGUGCAAUUGUUUGAAAAUCAUGAUGUUAUAUUUUUAUUAAUGGAUAGUAGAGAAUCAAGAUGGUUGCCUACUUUAUUAGGUGCUACUAUGCGUAAGCUUGUUAUAAAUGCAGCUUUAGGAUUUGAUAGUUAUGUUGUAAUGAGACAUGGCGUUAAAGAUGAUUCAUUAACAUCUGAAAAAUCAACUUCUGAUGUUGCUGCUAGUAGUAGUAAAAUUCCAAUGGUCAAACAACUUGGGUGUUAUUAUUGUAAUGACAUUGUUUCACCAAAAGAUUCGCUUAAAGAUCGUACGCUAGAUCAACAAUGCACUGUGACCCGACCUGGUUUGUCAGCUAUUGCUAGUGCCAUGGCUGUUGAAUUGAUGGUGUCUGUACUUCAUCAUGAAAAAGGAGCUGCAGCACCUGCAGAUACAAGUAGUAAUCAAGAUGAUGCAAGCAAUUCCAGAUCAACACCAUUAAGCAUUAUUCCGCAUCAAAUGCGCGGAUUCCUUACAAAUUUUAGCAACAUGAUAAUAGUUGGUCAGGCAUACGAUUGUUGUACUGCUUGUUCUGAUAAAGUGAUAAACGAAUAUAAAGCUAAUGGUUUUGAAUUUCUUCGACGUGCAUUUGAUGAGCCCAAUUACCUUGAGGACUUGGCUGGUCUAACUGAAUUACAUGAGGCCAGUGAAGUGCCCGGUGAUUUUGUUUGGGAUGAUAGUGAUGAGAUGGAAGUAUAA